CCGACUCUAGCGAGGCUGCUCAAUUUGUUGCAGAGCAGGCGUCCUCGACACCAUCAUCGCCAUCUCAAUCACCUAAGACGUACAAGUUCCUCCCAUCCCACCACCCAGGCCGCCCAGGCCGCCUAGCUUGGUUGGUUCAAAUGAAUUUCUAACACCCAGCUCAAUAGCACUCGACUCGACCCGUCAGGGUCAAAUGCUGGCAUACAAGACAUCAUCCGAAAGCCUCAUUGACGACAAUAUACCGGCCCAGUCUGUGGCAUCACUUCGCUCCAAGUUUGCUGCACUAUCGCCAACCGUCCUUACACCGUCUCGGACUCAGCCAAGGUCUCCGUCACUACCCACUCUUCAUAUUGCAGAGGAUCAUUCUUCGGCUUCUGCUAAGGUCCAUAAUCAAAGAUCCACACUACCCGUGAUAGGGUUGACUCCUGAAGCAGUCCAGGACCCGCUUCUUGUCCAGGUGCCGUCUCUCCCCCCGCGACCGGUGCAGUCGUCUAGUGUGCCUGCCACUCGUGCUUGGCUCAAAGAAUCCUUUAAGCCCAACUCACCACCCGUUCUCCCUGCGCGGAAAUUACCGCCUCCCCUCCCGGAGAGGCCUUCAAAUCCCUCCCCGGGCGAUGUUUUUGCUUCAGAACACCAAAGGAACCGAGACCCUGAGUCCUGAAACGCUCCAACCCAUUCCGUCCUCUAUGUUGUCCGCGAACAGCCCAGUGCAUCGCCUCCCUCCUCCCGUACCGCGUCGACCGCCGACAUCCACUACGUCCGAUCCAAAUCCCCAAGCCUUGGAUUUUCACACAUCUGGUCCACUCCCCCCACC